AUACAACACAUGGGAGCCAGAGGAAAACAUCCUGGACCCCCGCCUCCUCGUCGCCUUCCAGCACAGAGAGAGGCAGGAGCAGAUGAUGGGAUACCGAAAAAGAGGACCGAAACCAAAACAUCUUUUGCUUCAGGUGCCCUCGUUUGCCCGAAGAUCAAGCAUUCCAGCAGGUUUUGAGGAAACGUCUCAGGAUGCAGAGGCCACGCUCAAACCUGAUCCUAUCCAGGUCCAGCGCUCCCAGCCCCAGCAGUACCAGCUAAACAGCAAGAAACACCAUCAGUACCAGCCCAACAGCCAGGAAGUGCCUGCUGACCAGUUAGCCAACAGCAGAAAGAAGUUCAUCUAUCAGCUGAACAGCAAAAAGCACCACCACUAUGAACCUGACCCACAUAUGUACGAUGCACAGGCUUCUAGGCUCAAGGAGGUGAUCAAAAUUCAGGAACCAGCCGGUAUACCGGCUAAUCCUGGGUGGAACUUGCCUCUGGCUCUGCAGCAGAAAUGGAUCCGUGACAAAGACACUGGCUGCUUAAGCAAAGUCAAAGAGCUGGCUGUGGAAAUGAGGAAACCAGCGACUAAAGAGAUACAAAGCGAGAAUGCGCUCAAACCCAACCCUAAAGACGCUAUGCUACCAAGUGCCAUCAGCAGCAAAAUGAAGAUAAUCAAGAAUAAAAACAACAAUGGACGUAUCGUUAUCGUCAUGAGCAAGUAUAUGGACAGCAACAAAGUCCACAGUGCAAAGGACAAACACAGAGAGCCAUCGAAAGAGGAGAAACCGCAACCUGUUAAACCAGCCGAGAACAAUCCGACACUCAGGACCAAAAUGCUCGAACACCCAGAGAACGGUAUUCCCAAAGAGAUCUGCAACGGCAGGUCCCUUUCUGAUGCCGAGCACCCCAUCAAGUGCUCCCCGAAGGACAGACAUUUUUCCAAACCYUCACCGAGCACGGCCGAGGAGUACAACACCGAAGUGGCUCGAGGUCAAGCGGAUUUACCGGAAGACUUGCCCAUGCAGCUGACCGCCAGCUCUCCGCAGACAUCUUGGACUGCCGACACCAACAUCCCAACACCUACAGCCGUCGACCCCAUCAGGAUUCCUUCCUUUCCAGGGGACCGGAAGCGGAAGCUCUCAGAUCCUGUCGUCGACAGAAACUUUGGCAAAGUCUACCUGAUGUCAAGGAGCUUAAGCGUGCCCUGCAGUACGGUCGCACCACCUCAGGACAAACCCAUGGACCUGCACUGUAGUGGCCCACGCCUCAGCAGUACGUCUARGUUUGAGGUGGAGGAGAGCCAAGAGGAGCCGAUGGACCUCAGCUGCCCCAAAAACAGGAAGCAGGUUGAAACCGAAGCUCCGCGGCAACCGGAGCCCGAGCCUGCCAUCAAAGUCGCGCCGCCUGGGAAAGAGGACGCUCAGAAAUCGGCCAAAAAACCCAAGGAGCCACCGGCUAAAAACGUCUGCCCUUUUAUGGGAAACAUCAUUAUCACUGACAUCACAACAAACAGUCUAACCGUCACCUUUAAGGAGUACGUUCCUUUCUGAGAAUCCAUCUGGACACGCUUGUUAAUAUGUGCAUAUGUACACAAACAAACAAAAACAACAAAUAAAAUUGUAUAUGUUGAAAUUUAUAAUUUAUAACUGAAAUUUCAAUUGUUUCCUACAUUGUUUUAUACUGUAACUCCUCCGUAACGUUGGAUCCAAGACAGUGGCCUCGACUAUUUGAGUGAUUCAGGUGGAGAUUUAUCCACGUAAAAAAAAGAGAAAAAUAAUCAAUCUAUUUGUCAUAUGGAGCUUAAAACAAUAACGUUGCUGUUUUUAUAUACCUUUACCAAACGUAUAACUUYAGAUUUAUGAAGGUUUAUACAUGUUUUGUAUCAAUAAUCUCUUAUUUUGGUCCUAAUGUUAGAGAGAGACUUGGCUGAGAUCAGAUUUAAAGCACUUAAAAUGUUUUUUUUAUUUAAUGUUUGCUCGAGUGGAGGAGCUGCUCACGUCUCUUUUCUUUUUUCUUUCCAAAUAUUAUUACAACAGUCAGGUGUCCUGACAGAGGGUUGGCUUAGUUUGGUUUUGCUGGUUUGUUUACAGACYUAUACAUUAGCCAUGACUUGCAAAUUGUGUCUGAACACAUGUAAACACAUUCACACGUCCACUCCUUUUAGGCAAUCUCUCCACUUACGUUAUCGAGAUUAUGCAUCUUUAGCUCCUGAUUUUUUACCGUUUGGGAGUAAAAUCAGAUCCAUAAACUCUACAAGUUCAGUCACUUUAAGAGACAAGUGUCAUUUAUGACAUGUGAGUUGCAGAUAAGACAAAGUUGUUUACCUCCCACAGUGCAGGGUCUCAUCUCAUUUAGCUGCUGAAGCCUAGAAGAUAAUCUGCAGAGCACUAUUAUGAAACAUUACCAGGGUCAUUAAAAAAAUAAAGUGUGUUAUAGAGAUUAAAUGUGACUUUAAAUCCUGUUACAGGCAAACCAAUGAGUCGAAGCUGUUUUAAUCGUGCUGCUGAAACUUCAAAGCUGUUGGAUGUAAGCUGUGAGUUACAUGGCCUUUCCCCCCCUUUUCCUGCACAUUGAAUGCAAACCCAGUCAGAAAGCUACAAGGCUAAUGAUGAAGGUGAAGAAGAGCGUGUGUUUAAUGUUUUGUUUCYAAGCAGAAGCUGUUUCCUGCAUCAUGUGAUCCCACUGUCGCUUCCUUUUGGUUUUUGCUCCUUUCUUGCACUCUGUUCAGCGUGGAAAUGAUUGUUAGAAAGUCUAUCAGCCGGCUUGUUGUUUGCUCAGCUUCUCUGACAUUUCACAAUAAAGAUUUGACCUCUGA